GGUUGCCCUGGCCUUAAGAUUCUUCCACCGCAAUUUGAUUUGGUCUGUGGUCCUCCUCUGGCCAGACCCUAUGGCAUUCACAUUUUCUGUGAUUAAAAUCCAAACAUCAUUUUUCUUUUUAUUGGUAUCCUUAGCAGAAUUAAAACUUCCCACUAUUGUUCCAUAAUGGCACCGAACACCCUCUAGUAGUGCAUUGGUUUCAGCAGCAGUGAAGUUACAGCUUCUUGAGUCCAUGGUUCCGUUGCUUUACUAUAGUGAACAUUGUUCAUCAAUUAUAGGCCUUGGGUCCAAUUGCCUCAAUUGAACGCAAGCCAAAACUAAUUAGUUGUAAUAGGUGUGUUUGAAAAGACCAACUACACUGCCAUAUAAAUCAGCCUUUCUCAGAGGAUUCACAGAGAGACAGUGAAAUGGCAGGUGUUGUCCACCGCCACCACAACUUUGCCAGGAGAGGAUACCGUCAAAGGGUGUAUGUUGAACGUACCAAGCCACUGGAGCAAUACACCACUGAGGAGCUGUAUGUCCGGUUUCGCUUUGGGAAGGCUGAUAUAGAGUACCUUGUGAACCUUCUCAGGCCAAAACUUCAACACAGAACCCAAAGGAGUCACGGUCUGUCUGUGGAAGACCAGAUCCUCAUUGCUCUCCGAUUUUAUGCAUGUGGGACUUUCUAUCAAGUUGUUGGUGACUAUAUGGGAGUGGUGAAAUCAGCUGUGUGUGAUGUGGUGAGAGAUGUGUCAAUCGCACUGGCCAGCCUGGUCAAUGAAUUUGUUUCUUUUCCAAAGGACAACCAGAUUGCCCAGGCCAAGCGCAGCUUUUUUCUUUUGGGGAAUAUGCCCAAUACUAUUGGAGCAAUCGACUGCACACAUGUGCAUAUACAAGCACCUCAUGAGAAUGAAUGGGAGUUUAUAAACAGAAAGGGGAGGCACAGCAUCAAUGUCCAACUUGUGUGUGAUGCUGACCUCAUCAUCACCAACUGCGUUGUCAAGUGGCCUGGGUCUGUCCAUGAUGCACGCAUCCUGAGGGAGAGCGCUCUAUAUAGAGACCUCCAAACCAACCGACCGGAUGGCGUAAUAUUAGGAGACAGUGCCUACCCACUCCUACCAUGGCUGAUGACUCCUUUUCUAACAGCAAAUACACCGGCGCAGGCACGCUUCAACACUGCUCAUUGCAGAGCAAGAUGUGCAAUUGAGCGUUUAAAUGGAGUUCUUAAGAGGCGCUUUGCAUGCCUUAACUACCUGAGAGCUGAACCACAGAAAGCAUGCAACAUAACCCUUGCCUGUAUUGUCCUGCACAACAUCGCUACUAAGCGCAAUGUCCCUCUCUGUGCUGACAAUGAUGCACCUGAGCCCCUUGGAGACCCUAACCAACCUCCUGCAUUCUGCCAGAACGAGCAAACAGGACGUGCAACAAGGGACGCAAUAGUUAGACACUAUUUCUGA